CGCCAUAUUUGUUGUAAGCAAGCGAUUACUCUUGGCCACAUCAACAUAAAUUGAAACUCUCACUACAUCAACUCCUAUAUAUAUAUACAUUUAUACAUAUACACUAAAGAUUUGUAAAAGUGAGUAAGCGUGAGUACAACUGAGUUGUCGUCGGACACCUGUGAGUGACUGUGAACAAUUAUUUAAACUAUAUUUUUUUAAAUUAACAAGGGCGUGUCACGAUGAAGUUUAUAAUAUUAAUUGCUACUGUAUUUAUACAAACGAUAACUUGUCAAAGAGCUCCGACGAUAUCAUAUAUAUCACAGGAACAAGUAAAAGAUAUUGGUGGUACUGCAGAAUUGCAAUGUUCGGUCCAAUACGGUCAAGAUUAUCCUGUUUUGUGGGUUAAAAUUGAUAAACAGUCGAACGACCAAACUCCACUUUCUUCUAAGACGUCACUUAUCAUUCGUGACAGUAGAUUUGCUCUCAGAUACGACACAGCAACUUCUACAUAUACUCUUCAAGUGAAAGACAUUCAAGAGACUGAUGCUGGGCAUUAUGAAUGCCAAGUACUUAUAUCUCUAAACAAUCGAAUUCGUGCAGAUGUCGAGCUUCAAGUUCGUCGUGCUCCAUUUAUCAGUGAUAAUUCAACACGUGCUGUAGUUGUCAGUGAGGGUGAACCUGUUCAACUUGAGUGCUAUGCCGGUGGUUUUCCUACUCCCAGAAUUUCAUGGCGAAGAGAAAAUAAUGCCAUUUUACCUACGGGCGGUUCUAUUUAUCGAGGAAAUAUAUUAAAAAUAGCAUCAGUACGUAAAGAAGACCGUGGAACAUAUUAUUGCGUUGCCGAUAACUCAGUUGGACGUGGAGCAAGACGAAACAUCAAUGUCGAAGUUGAAUUUGCUCCAGUAAUAACAGCACCUCGACCACGUUUGGGUCAAGCAUUGCAGUUUGACAUAGAUUUGGAAUGUCAUGUUGAAGGAUAUCCAGUUCCUGCAAUAACUUGGAUAUACAAUGAUGCAGAAUUGUCAAAUAAUCAGCACUACACUAUAUCCCAUUUUGCUACUGCCGAUGAGUAUACUGAUUCGACACUUCGUAUAAUUACUGUUGAAAAGAGACAGUAUGGAGAUUAUAUUUGUCGUGCUUUCAAUAAACUUGGUACUGCCGAAAGUAAAAUAAAUCUUUAUGAAACAAUUAUUCCGGUAUGUCCACCUGCUUGUGGCCAAGCCAAAUACGGAGCUGGUGCUAUUCCAGUUUCAUCUGGACCUCUCAUAGCUUUUGUGUUGAUAAUCGCUGCCUUGUACAAAAACAUCAAUGCCAAAUAUUAAUUUUCCCGGUUUACUUUCGUCGACGGGAACUAGAAAUUUUUUAUCCAAGUGGCUUCUAAUAAUUUUCGGAAUAACAAUAUUGAAAAAAGUUUAAAAGUUUAACGAGUUUUCUCGAGGUUUUUAUAUAAAAAAAUAUUUUCCCUGACGAUUUAGAUAUUUAAAUACUCGACGACAUCGAAAGUUUUUUUAAAAAUUAUUUUAAUUUAAAUAGAUCUGAAGAUUUUCUCUCUAAUAACAAUAAUUAUAAUGACAAGUAAUUAAAAAAUGUAGGAAGUUGUGAUCUGAUCUCAUAAAUUAUAAAUUUUUGAGAGAUCUAGUUUAGUGAAAACAAUCAUGUAACGUUAAUAUGUUUGCACUAGACAAUGAUAUUUUCCCUAGUAACACGUGUUUGAGCAAGAUUCUGGAGUAAUUAUCUUGAGCAAGACCCCUAGCUGCUAGUGUCUUUUUCUACGUAUGCGUCUUUCGCAAGUUCGUGUACCAAGAAACCUAUGUCAAGAUUUGUGUAUGUCUUACUCAUGGUAUCGUACGCAAGAAUAUUAAAGAUAUCUUGAAUACGUCGCAAUGAAAAAGUGUCUGAUGCAUUUCUUGCACCAGUAACUUACAGUAGGGACGGUGACACGACCGUUGAACCGAAGACAAUUUAUCCGCGACAAUUGAUCCACGGAUAAUUGAUCCUAGCAACAAUUUAUCCAAGCGAUAAUUGAUCCGCCGACAAUUCUUCCGAGCGAUAAUUGAUUUGAGACGCAAUAGAUCUGAGUAACAAAUGACCGAAUGAUAUAAAAUUUGGUGAUGGUUUAUCCUUAGAGUACUUGAUUCUGGUGUGAAUUAAUUUUACUAGAUAAUUUUUUCAAUACCAUUGCAAGCAUGGGUGUGUUAACAUACUAUUGUAAGUAAGAUAUUCUAUUCGGGGAUAUUAACUUGUGUAACUAAAAGUAUUGUUUACAUUAUCGUUUGGAUCAAUGGUCAGCGGAUCAACUACCGCUUGGAUCAAUUAUCGCUCAGAUCGGUUGUCGGCGGAUUAAUUGUCACUAGGAUCAAUUGUCGUGGAUCAAUUGUCGUAGAUCAAUUGUCCUCGGAUCAACUGUCAGGUAACCGUAGGGACUUACGCAUGGCUUGCUCAAGAUCUGCUCAAGGCUCAAAGUCAAUUUCCAGCCUUGAGCAGAUCUUGAUAAAGUCAUGCGCAACUAUUUUCAACUAUAGUCUCCCUCCAGAAUUUAUAAUCUGGCACGAAGUUCUUGUGUAAGGCUUGAAGUUUAAAUUUGGUCACGAGUAUCUGCAGCAAGACACAUACGUAGAAAAAGACACUAGCACCUAUCGAUCUUGAGAGCAGACUUGCUCAAGAAUUUAAAGAGAUUGUUAUAUGGGAUUAUUACUAUAAAACUAGUGAUUUAUCAUGAGGAACAAAAAAAAAUACUUAGCUCAAUAAGUAAUAGUAGUCUUAAAUUACCUAAGAAAUACUAAGAUAAAUAAGAAAUGUUAAUAAUUAUAAAUGGCUCCGAAGACAGCGCAACAAAUUUCUAUAGAUUUUUAUAUAAAUUUUGUACUUUUAAUACUGAUGAUAAUAUAUAGUAUCAUUAUUACAACUAAUAAUGAUAAGAAAUAAUAAUAAUAAUAAUAAUAAUCACUGCCACAAGUAUGAUAAAUUGUUACUAAAAACUUUUUUUUAAAACUAUUCAGUAUUCAUUAUUUUUUUUUUGUAUCUUAUCGUUUUUAAUAAAUAAAUAAAAGCGAUAAGACUGAGAUUAACAAACAAUCAUUUAUUUAUCGUGUCAAGGGGUCAUUAAUUUAUCGUGCAGUAGAAUGAACUUAUGUACUAUAAUUAACGGAAUCGAUUACAGACGUGAUUAAAUGUUUUAUUUAAAAUUUAUAUAUUAAUUUAUUACGUCUUUUAUCGUUUGCCGUGCACAGAUACCUGUACCACUCACAAUGUAGUAACGAUUUUUAGAAAUAUAUUAUUAGAUUAUUAUUAUUAUUAUUUACACGUGCUAAUUAUAUCCAGGCACGUUUGAAACAUAUCGGCAGCACAAUUUUAAUAAUUAAAUAAAAAAAAAAAUUAAUAUCUAUCAUUAGAUAUUUAUAAUUUUAUUACGAUUUUACUUAAUUUUUUUCUACAAUUGUUGGGAUUUUUAAUAAAAAAACAGGAAGAUAAAAAAAAA